UGAGGAGGGGGCCUGGGGGGGUGGUCUUGCUUUGGGUUGCCUCCUGUAGCACACGACUUGGCCACGGUGUCACCUUCCGUGGGACCUGUCGCAGACCUUAGGCUGAACCGAACGGGAGUCAGCACUUCAGAGGGUUCUCCUCAACGGGCCCCAUCGCCAAAAAGUUUUUCCCUCCUUGAUAACGAUUUAAAAAUCGUUAAUUUUAGAAACGUUGGCAGCGCAUUGCCCAGGGGACUGCUCCCCUGCUUGAGCGAGAUAGUAUUUCUUGCUUGUGAGAGGUUGCUUUUAGUUCUCAGGUUAGCUUCCUCCUCUCUGAGCUUGAAUGAAACAACCGUAUUGAUUUUGGAUUUGCAUUUGAAAAAAUAAUUUAGCCUGAGAGGCUUUGUUACUUCAGAACGCUUUGAAUUAACUCCCCAGAGAAUAUGUCAGACGCAAAUAGACUUUUCAUCAUUCCGUAGGGAGAGAGCCUCUUCUGUCUCUAGCUUAUUAUGGUUCACCUAGAGGGAGAGUUGGCAGGCAAUUCGCAUUGCUUUAUUAGUGCCACCCAAGUCUCCCUGAUAACUGACUUGUUUCCCUGAACUAACCCGCAUUCUGGGUAAUCCCCCAAAGUAUUUGUAUAUUGAAUGUUGAAAAGUAUUUAAAUUUUAUAUGGGGCAGUUGCUGGAAUUGACAGUAUAUCAAACCAAAACCUUAAAGCUGUUUCCCCCCCCCCGCCCAAAAAAGGCAUAACUCAGAACCCUAGUUCCCAUCCUUGCUGCCCAUUUCAUAUUAGGAAUUGAAAACAUCACAUGCUAAAUUUUCACAGAGAACCACCUUGACUAGAACUUAACCUCAUGGUGGCAGCAUUUUCCUGAAGGGGACAAAGAGUCAAUGAAAUGUUCUGUCACUUUGUGUGGCAAUGGCUUCUUUUCCAUUAUCCAAAUAAUAGUAGACCUUGGGGCUGUUUUAGGCAAAACUCCCUGAGUCCGACUUAUUUUUGUGGUUCCCCAAUUGCAGAUUUCUUUGGUUUCCUAUUUUUUUUCUUCGUAUUUUCUUACCCUCUUCCUGGCCAGAUGACAUGCAGACUGUCAUAGGCUGGGACCAGAGGUCGUCGGUAUGGGUGCGGGUGGAAUGGAUCUGCGAGAGACCACACCGCUCCCAACUGCUGAGCUUUGAAUGAAGGCGGAUUCAGGACUGGGCCAGCAGCUGUGAGAAGGCUCAGGGACUGGGCUGUUGGAAGAAAGUCUCUGCUGCUAGACACCCCCAGCCCCCUACACUUUGAAAGCUAUAUCCAGCAAGAGCUCCUGAUAAGACUUUAGCAAUUGCUUCUUUUUAUUCUGUGUAUCCAAAUAAGAGUGAAUAGCACUGUAUCAAUCUGUAGCGAUUGGUUUCAUGGUAUUCUCUGCCAUAACCAUAGCCCUUCUUAUAAUUAAAAAAGAAAUCUUUUUUUUUUUUUUGCCAUCCAUGUCCGUUGCUACCUAAUAAAAAAUAUUUGUUUAUGUGAUCUAAUAUUUCUAAUGAGUAUAGAAGAAAGGUCAUGGAGAGGCAGGGAUGCUACAGAUUUUUAUGUCAGAAUUCAGAGUGAUUUCAAGAGCAACAGCUGUGGCAGACAAUGUAGAAUUGCUGUUGCUGCUGCCAAUGCCAUUGCUGAAGAAAGACGGAAUCAGAGGGGCUUUAGCACUCUCCCAUCCCAAUCCUCAAAUAUGAAGUCAUCCUUUAAACCAGUACUAGGUGGAUCUGUGCUUAAAAAUGAUAUAAAACAACGAUUAGAGAAGGAGCGCAGAGAAGAGAAAAAAAGACAAGAUGCUAAUAAAGAAACACAACUACUUGAAAAAGAAAGAAAGUCUAAGAUCCUAUAUGAAAAACAAACGGAGGAAAAGCAACGAAAGUUGCGAGAACAAAAAGAAAGGGAUGAACAACGGAGAAUAUCUGUAGAAAAAAGGAGAAAAGACAGAUUACAGGAGGAAAGGAAAUUCAAAGCCGUCUUUUAUCGUACAUUGGAACGCAGCAGCAACCGUGUUGAUUUUCAAAAAAGAUGGUCAUGGGAAGGCUGGACAGCAGUCAGCUCUUCCACAAUAAAUUCUGAGGAUAAAACUGAAACAGCGAAAAAGAGGAGAAGCUCAUCUUUGAAUAGAAGAUGUAGCAAACCGCAUUCAUCUACGGAAAUAGAACAAGUAGAAGAAAAAACAACUGACAUCCACAGUGUAGUCCAGUAUGUAAGAAUGCCCCUGCUUAGCAACAGCAGUCAUGAAUUGAAGAGUACCAUAGUGCCUUGCAAGUCAACAGUGGCCAUGCCUCCUCACGAGAAAGUAGAGACACCCUCCAAGACAAGCGUGGAAGCACCCCCAAAGGCGAGUGUGGAAGUGCCUCCUGAGGUGAGCGUUGAAGUAUCUCCCAAGGUAAGCUUGGAAGCGCUCCCCGGGACGAGCUACGAAGCGCUCCCCGAGACGAGCUACGAGAGCUACGAAGCGCUGCCCGGGACGAGCUACGAGAGCUACGAAGCGCUGCCCGGGACGAGCUACGAGAGCUACGAAGCGCUGCCCGGGACGAGCUACGAAGCGCUCCCCGGGACGAGCUACGGAGUGCUUCCCGGGAUGAGCUAUGGGGUGCUCCCUGGGAUGAACUUUGAAGCAUACCCUGAGAGUGUGGAAACAUCACCUGAGGCGAAUGUGGAUCUUUCCUCCGAUGUGAGCAUGGAUUCGUCCCCGGAGGUGAGUGUGGACCCAUCCCCCAAAGUGAGCACGGACUCUUCUGAGGUGAGUGCAGAGGUGUCAUCUGAGGCUAGUGUGGAAACAUCCCCUGAGGCCAGCAUGGAAACACUCCCAGAGGAGAACGAGAGCUUGGAGGCACUUCCUGAGGAGAACGAGGACCUCGAGGACCUCGAGGCACUUCCUGAGGAGAACGAGGACCUCGAGGCACUUCCUGAGGAGAACGAGGGCCUCGAGGAGCUCGAGGCACUUCCUGAGGAGAACGAGAGCCUGGAGGCACUUUCUGAGGAGAACGAGGACCUCGAGGACCUCGAGGCACUUCCUGAGGAGAACGAGAGCCUGGAGGCACUUUCUGAGGAGAACGAGGACCUCGAGGGCUUGGAGGCACUUUCUGAGGAGAACGAGGACCUCGAGGACCUCCAGGCACUUUCUGAGGAGAACGAGAGCCUCGAGGCACUGCCCGAGGCGAGUGUGAAGAUGCUCCCUGAGGAGAGCAUGGAGGUGCCCUCUGAGGCGAAUGUGAAGGGACUCCCUGAGGCCUCCCUUGAGGUGACUAGGAAAACAUCUUCCAAGGCCAAAGUGAAAGACUCUCUACAGAAAUCAGAAACAGAUAUACAGGCCUCAAAGCCUAUUCCCAAGACGCGCCUACCACCGUCGCAGAUACCCUGUUACAGAUGGUCCUCUUCUCCCACAAGCAGGUGGCGUCCGCCGUCUCCCGUCAGUGCUAGCAGGCAAAUCCAAAAGAAUCGCCUCCUGUCACCUUCACCUGUCACGUCAAAACCAGCGGCCCAGUUUUCUUUUUCUUAUAAAGUAAUUCCUAUCCAGCGUACCCCAUUGGCACAAAAUGCAGGUACUAUUGGAAUGAAAAGUGAAGCCAUUUCUAACACCAGUAAGAGCUCCGAGGCUGCUAGCCAAAAGGAUAUGAUCUGUGAAGAGUCUGGUAAUAAAAGCACACCAGGACCUAUGAAUGCCAAGGAGGGAACAAAAAUUUUGGCAGAAAAACGACGUGUUGCUCGUGAACAAAAAGAAAAAGAGGAAGAAAGACCACAAAAAGAGAUGGAACAAAGAAAAAUAAAAGACAUGACAAAGAAAGUGGAUGAAGGCCAAGAAGAAGCGUUCUCAAAAUUUGAAGAUGGGCAACAACCAAAGGAGUUCGAAAAGAAGAAAGGAAGUCAGAAUCAAGACCAGAAUGUACAGCUCCAGAGAAUUGAGGAAACCAUGAAGCGGACAAGAAAGCCAGAUUCGAAUGCCAUACAGGCUGCAGAAGCAUCCAGCAAUGAUGCACAUGAGGACGACGAGGCAGACGAUGAGGACGAGCCAGAAAGUGACAUCGAUUCCUUCGAUGACCUGUAUCCAUCAGCUUUUAUAAAUGGCAUAGAUUCAUCCACAAAACUGAAAACACAUUUUAAAAAUGUGAAGAACGCUCACAAGCUGGUGUUUUUAGAUGCCACUUCUAGCCACAGCUACAAAGAUGCAACAACAUUUUUUAAUUGUGACACGAAAACCUUUAGACAAAAACAGGUGAAAGACCCUUUGAAUCGGACAAAGAGUAGCAGAUCCUCCACCAAAGGAACAACCAGCCGAGCAGCAAAAACCGGAGAGGCAGUCAUCAGCAACACCGUGGGACCUGCCAAGAGUUUACAUUCAGAGGCACAGGAGUGGAUCUGUGACAAGAUCAUUGACAUUACAAGCAGGACAGAACCACCUAGGUCCCGUAGCCUUCCUAAGAGCCAAAAACACCAUCUAAAAGGUUCCACGACAUCCUGCCUGAGUCACCAGCCACCUAUAGACAACACGGAGAGCAGCACAUCUGUUCCUGCCCCAUCAGCUAGGUAAACCUCGUCCAUCCUGGAAGAGAAUCCAUCCUCCACUAUGGCUUUUGACUUCCAGGCCCAUCUCAAAAUUUCUCCACCUGCUACUUGAACCUGGCAAAGAAAAUGACUAUUAAAAAAAGAAGAAGAUCAAAACAUCAUCUUAACGUAUCUCAGCAGAUGCUCCUGUCAUCUCUGCUCUUGCCCACAGGGUUCUGAGUAAAGAGUUGUUUUGCUUUCCUGUAAAAAUCUCCAUGGUCAUUCAUUCUUCUGUUUUCCUGCCAACACAUGUUUGAGUGUGUAUCAAGGGUGUCUUUAUAAAAUGCUAAUGAGUUUCUAAAAGAAUCUUUACCAAAGAAAUCGUUUUUCUCAGUACAUACUUGAAAUCUCAAAAUCAUGUUUACUCCCUUUAACGGUUACAUUAACGUAGCAAUAAAAACUCACAGUUGAUCUUAUAGGGAACAUAAUGGGUUUUGAGAGGGCCUCGAGACUGCUCACGAGAGCUUUGUCAAAUUGUUUUAAUAGACAAAUACAGGUUGCAAAAUACCGCCCAUCACAUUUUCCCAUCAGGGACGUCUCUUUUUACGCUGCCGUGGUCUGGCAGCCCAGCACGCAGGCCCCUGCACCCGGAAGCGCCGGGAGUCCGAGAAGCUGUGAUCUUCAGCAUCGUCCCGGCUCUGUCAGUGCUGCCUUUUGAAGUACGUAUUGAGGCUUAUCCAUCAGGACAUGUUGUUUUGUUAAGUACACGAGGCAGUGUCUGGCACUUGUCCGGCGCACUCUGUUUAAUGAGCCUAAAUGUUUACUGUGUAUCAUCUUUCUCUGCUUGUGCUCUCCAGGCCUGCCCUUCAGUAUAACUCGGGCUUGAGAUGUGGAACCAAAAUUUGCUUGCCUUUCUCUAGCCGCUGGCUGCAAGUGAGUCAGAAGCAGAGUUAUUCUCCGGUCCCCGGGAUAGCCAGGCACACAGCCCUGCCCGGUGUACAUGCACACACGUGUGCGCACACGCAGGAUUAAUGUCGCCUGAGAUGCACUGAAGCCUGCUCGAACCAUAACCUAAAACUUGAAUGCAGGUUAGUUGUCCCAAUGCUAAUGAGAUUUCUGGUGAAUCACAAAUAGUUUGAAGCAGGCCCCUGUGCCUUUCUAGCCACUAGUCUUGGACUAGUAAAAGGAAGGAACCAUUCUUCUGAGUCCCCUGUUCUUUGCUAUGCAGAGUUACACUUCCUUUGUUAUAGAUUAGAGCUCGGGGCCUUGGGACUUAGUGUAUAAACUAUCUUUAUACACCAGCUCUCUUCUUUAAAGGACAGAGAUCAUCAUGCUAACAAAGGAGUUCCUUUUUCUGUACAAAUUUCACGUGUUGAAACUCGGUUACACUGUUCCUGUGCAGCAUGCAAUAAACUUUGCAGAUAAA